CCGGAGGCGCUGAGCGCAGGCAGCCGCUGCAGCCAGUCGCCUCCCUCUGCCCCCGCUGGCUCCGGCAACCAUGAACAGGGGCGCCGCUUCUUGCCCUUCGUCCGUCCCCGGCGGCAGCGGCCACGGAGAGUGCCGGCGGGUCUGUAGCAACUGCCGGAAAGUGCUGAGGCAGGAAAAGAAAAUCAGAGUGUCUCUGCCUUUGACAAGAGGACCAAGUGCCUUUAUACCAGAAAAGGAAGUUAUCCAAGCCAACAGUUUGAAUGAACGCAUGCACCUGCUUGUGGAAGAAUAUUCUACAUCCGGCCGCCUAGACAACAUCACCCAGGUCAUGAGUUUACACACUCAAUACCUGGAGUCUUUCCUUCGCAGCCAGUUUUAUAUGUUGCGUAUGGACGGGCCUCUUCCUCUGCCCUACCGGCACUACAUUGCAAUCAUGGCUGCUGCCAGGCACCAGUGUUCCUACCUUAUAAACAUGCAUGUGGAUGAGUUCCUGAAGACUGGAGGGAUCCCAGAAUGGCUGAAUGGCUUGGAAUACGUUCCACAAAGACUGAAAAACCUGAAUGAAAUCAAUAAGCUUCUUGCACAUCGACCCUGGCUAGUUUCAAAAGAGCACAUUCAGAAACUUGUCAAGACGGGGGAAAAUAAUUGGUCUCUUCCGGAACUGGUGCAUGCUGUGGUCCUCUUGGCACACUACCAUGCCUUGGCAAGCUUUGUCUUUGGUAGUGGCAUCAAUCCAGAGAGAGAUCUCGAUACCUCGAACGGCUACAGGCUCAUAUCAGUUAACAAUUUCUGUGUCUGCGACCUUGCCAACGACAACAACAUCGAAAACGCUUCCCUCAUAAGUAACAACUUUGGGAUCUCAGAUUCUUUAAGUGAGCUGGAGGCCCUGAUGGACAGAAUGAAAAGGCUGCAGGAGGAGAAGGAGGACGAGGAGGCCUCUCAGGAAGAAAUGGAUACUCGCUUUGAAAAGGAAAAGACUGAGAGCCUCCUGGUUGUCACUGAAGCAUUUGACGAUGAAAUAGUUUCCACAGCCGACGUAUCGCGCUAUGUUGAAGAUCCUGGCUUUGGGUACAAAGACUUUGCCAGGCGGGGUGAGGAGCAUCUUCCAACUUUUCGAGCCCAGGACUAUACCUGGGAAAACCAUGGAUUCUCCCUUGUGAACAGGCUUUAUUCCGACAUUGGGCAUCUCCUGGAUGAGAAGUUCCGAAUGGUCUAUAGCCUCACGUACAACACUAUGGCCACGCAUGAAGAUGUUGACACAACCAUGUUAAGAAGAGCUUUAUUUAAUUAUGUUCACUGUAUGUUUGGAAUCAGGUAUGAUGACUACGAUUAUGGAGAAGUUAAUCAGUUACUUGAACGGAGCCUGAAGGUUUACAUUAAGACAGUGACCUGCUACCCAGAGCGAACUACCAAGCGCAUGUACGAUAGCUACUGGCGCCAGUUCAAGCACUCGGAGAAGGUCCACGUGAACCUUCUCCUGAUGGAGGCGCGCAUGCAGGCGGAACUCCUUUACGCCCUUCGUGCCAUCACGCGCCACUUGACCUGAAGCGCCGCUGCAAGCGUGUGAAGAAAGCUUCCAAACAGAUGUGCAGAAACACCUGCCUGUGGUGUAGCAUCAGGUUAUUGGAUUCUCUAGUGUCAAAAGCUGAAGCCGCCUUCCUAGCGGUGGUUAACGUGCAAUGAUCUAUAUAUCCCCCCCCCCCGCCGCCCCCCGUUUUCUUGAUGCUUAACAUUACUAACGAUAGCAAAAACAGCACUGAGGAACACUACUUCCUAAGUUGUUUCCGGUUGGAGUAUUGGUCACAAACCCUAAAAUGGUUUGUUAUAUUUGAUUCUUUUGCUAUUUCUUCUCACACCCAGAAGAAAAACACUUGUUGGUUCGCCUUCUGAGGUUCUGUUUCUACCCACUUUUCCCUGCAAAUGGAAUCCAGAGCGAAGGGUUUUAUUUUAUUUUCUCCUUUUAGAUCUUUCUAGAAUAUUAAUGCAGCUUUCCUGAAUCCAGUAUGUGCUGUGUUUAAACUGAAGUGCUCAACUGGCUUAUUCUUAGAGUUUUCUUAGAAUUUUAGUACUUUGGCAGUAGUUUGGAGGCUGUGUGAAAGCUGAUGCAACUAUUGUCUGCCUUUUUUUUAAAUGUGAAAAAGAACUGCUGCGAAUCCUGCAGCAUGCUACUGAGACACAGCAUUCAAAUGCUUUUUUUUCUGAACGAAGAGGGUUUUCUACCAUAUCCAUUUCAACUGUACAUAAUCAGUUCAGGGAUUGCAUUCUUCUGUGUUGCCUACAAUUGCUCUUUUUUCUGACCCUAAUGAUGCUUGAAUAGUACUUACUGCCCAGCCACAGCAAGCCAGUUUAACUUGGAAUAUCUGAACUUG